UGGGUCGCAGCAGGAACCGGAAGUGGUAGGUGACAGAGGACACUCCCCCCCCCGUGGUUCCCAGGUACGCACGCGCACGGCUGGGGUGUAUUUCUGAUGACUGUCCACAACCUGUAUUUGUUUGACCGAGAUGGGGUUUGCCUGCACUACAGCGAGUGGCACCGCAAGAAGCAGGCGGGGAUCCCCAAGGAGGAGGAGUACAAGCUGAUGUAUGGAAUGCUCUUCUCCAUCCGAUCUUUUGUCAGCAAGAUGUCACCUGUGGACAUGAAAGAUGGAUUCCUUGCCUUCCAGACAAGCCGCUACAAGCUUCAUUACUAUGAGACGCCCACUGGGGUCAAGGUUGUAAUGAAUACAGACCUGGGUGUAGGACCUAUUCGGGAUGUCUUACACCAUAUCUACAGCGGGCUGUAUGUGGAGUUGGUGGUGAAGAAUCCACUGUGCCCACUGGGUCAAACCGUACAAAGUGAACUUUUUCGCAGUCGGCUUGAUGCCUACGUUCGAUCGCUGCCCUUCUUCUCUGCCCGGGCUGGCUGAGAACAGCAUUCUUCCAGAACUACAUCUGUAUUCAUUCUACAUCUCCCUUUUUGCUUUGGUCACCCGAAGAGCCUUCCAGUCCGCCCCAGCGCUGUUCCAGAGUGUCUACUUGAUGAAACCCAGGACUGAAUUCCCCUCCAGACUCUUCCAGCUCCAGUUGUCCUUUGCUUCUGAUGCUCUGAUCCCACCUAGUCAAUGCCCACCUCCCGCCAGUCCCCUUGCUGCUGUAUUGAGAAUGGACAAUAAAGCUUUCACCUGUCUGA